AUGAACCCAGCCAACACCAAUAUCCUCUAUGGUCGCCAGUUCGCCGAGCUGUUCUUCACCCCGAUCAACGACGAAGAUUCUAUAAGUGCGGCUGCGCACUUAGAGUUUACGAUCUUUGUGUUGGACCAUCCAUUCAACCUCUUCGUGUCCGACCUUCUGUCCAACCAUGAUGUUGUGAUCCAAAAGGUGAACAUCUUGAUGCGUAAGCUACGCAACAUCCUUCCCGUAGCACGCCUACGUCGUCUCACACCCCUCCAGGCCAAGACGCUCAACGCUACGCGCUGGACAUCGGCGUUCAGCAUGUUGACUGGCUACUCUGCUAUCAAGACGUACAUUGGCCAGAUGGGUGACAAAGAGCGCCGGUUGGGCGACAUUGUCCAUUACCAUGGUUUCGAGUCUAGUGAGCGCCUGUUGGGCGACAUUGUCCAUUGUCAUGGUUUCGAGUCUAGUGUCGUGAAGAUCCUCCGUGGAAAUGAAGAGGGAAUGUCGGCCACCGAGGUAGUGGCCGUCCAGCCAUUGGCAUGUAGCACAGCGAAUCAAGUCGCGGUGGCUCAGCCCACUUUGUCUUGGCCGCGCGUUGAAGAAGCAACGCGUUGGUCGAGUUGA